AUGUUGGUGUUGCGAAGAUUCCCAGGGCAGUUUGUAGUUCGUGGCAUAGCCAUGUCAGCUAGCAAUAGAGCAAAGGAAGCAGUUGAGAAGCUGAAGGAGAAGAAUCCCUACUAUGAGAAGUAUGCAGAGAAAAUUGCUAAACUCCAGAAAACAUCCCCGGAGGAGUUUCUCUCGCGACUAGACACUUUGGAGAAGACCCAGGGCACGAAGAAAGCCACCCCGGAGGAGCAGGAGAGGAAGUACAGUGAAUUGCUGAAACCAAAGAAAGCCCUUGAGGCACAGGCGGAGAUUCCGCAUAAGAAAUUGGAGGAGAUUAUGAAGCUGGAAUUGGUGGAGGGGAAGUCGGCGGAGGAGAUUCAGGCAAUCUGGUUGGAAUAUCACAAGACUAAGGAUGUCAUUGCAGCAGCAAUUCCAACGGAGAUGUACAAUGUGCAGCAGGAAAGGGCAAAAGCUCAUCCCAUCUUCAUCCUGCCCAUCCCACGGAGUCAGGGCUUUGAAUUCAUCAUGCUUCAGUUUGCUGCGAAUUCCGUGCACUUCACCCCGCUCCUGUGCUACCAGGUGCACAAGGAGAAUGCCCCGGAAUGCCUCAAUAUUGUCCACUACACCGAAUUCCGGGACAAAGGGAUCAUCCUGAUGCGCGGGGAGUACGAUAGUAACGUGAUUAGUGCUCAGGAAGCACAAUGCCUGGCCAAUCAGCUGCAAAUGUACUACGGGCAGGAAUCUCCGUCCAAGCAACGUCUCCUGGACACCUUUACAAAUCAUCCGGAAGCCUUCAAGCACAUGGAUGUCAUUGCUGAGCUGGAGAACCUCAACAUUGCGACAAAGUAAGAAGCUUCCGGAAAUAAUUUGUCUUGUAAAAAAAAAUUUAUUUCAUUUAGAAUAAAUCGAGAGAAGUGUUAGAAGGAAA